AUAAUUGUAUUCGGCGACAACUAACUUGUCCAUAUACUCCUUAGCAAAAUGGAGUAGUUGAACGGAAGAAUAGACACCUUGGAGAAACAUGUCGAAGCAUGUUGCAUGCUAAGAAUGUGCCACCUAGAUUUUGGGCAGAGUGCAUGAAGACUGCAGCCCAUGUGAUUAAUAGGCUUCCUCAAGCUACUUUGGGAUUUAUAUCACCUUUUGAGAAGCUGUGGAACAUUAAGCCAAUGGUGAGUCAUUUUCGCGUCUUUGGCUCGAUGUGCUAUGUGUUUGUUCUAGAAGCUCAAAGGACCAAGUUUGAUAAAAAGGCAGUCAGAUGCAUUUUUCUUGGCUAUGAUGACCAAAGGAAAGGAUGGAGGUGCUGUGACCCAAAUACUGGACGUUGUUGUGUUUCUAGAAAUGUUGUGUUUGAUGAAGCAUCUUCUUGGUGGUCUCCACAAGAGGUAGUGUUGCCAGAUUCCAAGGAGUUGGAGGAAAAAGUACAAGAAAAAUUUGGAGAAGAUACUUGCAGGCUAUUGGAUACUCAAGAAAUUGUAGAGAAGGAAAAAGAGAUAGCUCCUGAAAGAACAGUAAGUCCAUGGCAAACAGGAGUACGAGAGCCCAUGACUGAAGAAACAAGACAAGGUGAAGUAGAAGAAGCAGAACAACAGCCUGAGCAGCAGCUAAGACGCUCCACUCGAGAGCGAAAGCCAAAUCCCAAGUAUGCUAAUAUUGCUCUUAUUGAAGCAAGUCCGGUGACCGAACCGGAGAACUAUGAGGAAGCUGCACAAAGUAUUGAAUGGAGAAAAGCAAUGGAAGAGGAGAUAAAGGCUUUAAAGCAAAAUCAAACUUGGGAAUUAGUACCCAAGCCAAAUGAUGUAAAGCCAGUAUCUUGCAAAUGGGUCUACAAAGUUAAGACUCGACCAGACGGGAAGAUAGAGAGAUAUAAGGCCAGGCUUGUUGCUCGAGGGUUCUCUCAACAGUAUGGGAUAGACUAUGAUGAAACUUUCAGUCCAGUGGCUAAGAUUAAUACUGUUAGAGUCCUGCUUGCUUUAGCUGCAAGCAAAUCAUGGAAGCUGUGGCAGAUGGAUGUGAAGAAUGCAUUUUUGCAUGGAGAAAUUGAUAGAGAAAUUUAUAUGGAGCAACCAUGUGGAUUUGAAGAUAAAAGGCAUUCAGAGUAUGUCUGCAAAUUAAAGAAGGCACUGUAUGGACUCAACCUAUUUGUCAAAACUCGAGACAACAAAGUAGCAAUUGUGCUUGUCUAUGUGGAUGACUUAAUUGUCACCGGAGAUGACAUUGGAGAAAUUCUUCAAACAAAGGAGAACUUGUCAGUAUGGUUUCAGAUGAAGGAGUUGGGAGAAUUAAAGCACUUUCUUGGACUUGAAGUGGAUCGGACAAAAGAAGGCAUAUUUUUGUGUCAGCAAAAGUAUGUAGUAGAUUUAUUAAAGAAGUUUGGGAUGCUUGAGUGCAAGCCAAUCUCAACUCCAAUGGAGAUGAAUGCCAGACUCUGCUCCCAUAAAGGGAAGGACUUAACAAGUGCCACCAUGUACCGGCAACUGGUCGGAAGCUUAAUCUAUUUGAUUUUAUCAAGGCCGAAUAUAUCAUUUGCAGUAGGAAUGGUGAGUAGAUUUAUGCAAAAUCCUAAAAAGUCACACUUGGAAGCAGUACGCCGGAUUCUCAAGUAUGUCAAAGGAACACUGGAUUAUGGCAUAUUAUACAAGAGUGGCACAGAGUGUAAGGUGGUUGGCUAUUGUGAUGCUGAUUAUGCUGGAUGUCAUGACACAAGAAGAUCCACUACUGGUUAUGUGUUUAAUUUGGGAUCUGGAGCAAUCUCAUGGUGCAGCAAGAGACAACCUACUGUUUCUUUAUCAACCACUGAGGCAGAGUACAGAGCAGCAGCUGUGGCAGCCCAAGAAAGCACCUGGCUUAUGCAAUUAAUGGAAGACUUAAAGCAGCCAAGUGAUUAUUCAGUAAAAUUGUAUUGUGAUAAUCAAUCAGCAAUUCGGUUAGCAGAAAAUCCAGUGUUUCAUGCCAGGACAAAACAUGUUGAAGUUCAUUACCACUUCAUCAGAGAAAAGGUACGACAAGAGGAGAUAGAAAUGCAAGCUACAAAAACAGAUGAGCAAGCCACAGAUAUAUUCACAAAAGGGCUCAACGUUGGAAAGCUUGAAAAGUUUCGCAAGCUGCUCGGGAUGAUGCCAAGAAGCAAAGUCGGUGCUGAGGGGGAGUGUUAAAGUAUUCAUCACCGACUUAAGCUAAAAGGUGAAGAAGUAAAAGUCUUCUAGAAGCAUAUAUUUUACUAUAAAGUAAAUUGAAGCCA